AAGCAAACAAGAAAAUCAUCCCAAAAAAGCAAUUCCUCCUAAUUAAAAUCCUCUCUUUAAUUCACUUGAAUCAUGGGUUGUGGUGCAACUCAUUUGAGCUUGGCACUUAGCCUUAUGGCUCUUGCCCUAGCUGGCAUCUCUAUAUACAAGAACACAGAUGUAGCCACAGUUAUGAAAGAUUUUGAUGUCAAAAUGGAGUCAGAGAGCAAUAUUUUGGAGCAAAAUUCAGACAUGUUAUCUCAGGAAUUUUGCAUCUUUGCCGCUGUUGGAACAGUUGUGGCUCAAGCCAUUAGGAGAGAGAGACGAAUGGGAGCGUCUCUCAUUCGUCUCUUUUUCCAUGACUGCUUUGUUGAUGGAUGUGAUGGGGGAAUUCUUCUAAAUGAUAUUCCUGGAAGUUUCCAAGGAGAAAAAAGUUCGCCACCAAAUGAUAAUUCAGUAAGAGGUUUUGAGGUAAUUGAUCAGGCUAAACAAAGGAUAAAAAAUAUGUGCCCUGGCGCAGCUGUUUCUUGUGCAGAUAUCCUAGCCCUUGCUGCCCGCGACUCUGUUGCUUUGUUGGGAGGAAUACCAUACCCAGUGCGACUAGGCCGAAGAGAUGCAAGAACUGCAAAUUUCACUGGCUCAUUAACACAACUUCCUGCACCAUUCGACGAUCUCAACACCCAAUUAAAGAAAUUCAACGCAAAAGGAAUGUCAGCCAGGGAAAUGGUAGCGUUGGCCGGAGCACAUACAAUAGGUUUCGCGAGGUGCGUCACAAUGUGUAACGACAACAAUAUCAAUCGAGCUAUGAAAUCAACGCUAAAGUGUAAUUGCCCUGUCAAUAACAACGACACAAAUUUGGUACCAUUGGAUUUGGUAACUCCUGCUUUUUUCGACAAGGCUUAUUUCGAUGAUUUAAAUAGGAAUCAGGGACUACUGUUUUCGGACCAAGUGCUUACUGGGAAUAGUACUACUAAUGACUUUGUUCGAAGCUAUAGUAACAAUGGUUUUCUUUUCUUACGUGACUUCAAUGCUGCCAUGAUUAAAAUGGGGGACUUGCCUCCCUCUCCUGGCGCUCGAUUGGAAAUUCGCGACGUCUGCAGCAGGGUUAAUGGGAAUUCGAUCGCGGACAUGUGAAAAAAGAAAGAAAUUUAAAUUUUCUUUUAAAAGAACUUUGAAAGUUUUCACUUCUAUUUUCCUAAAUAAACGCUGACUUUAUGCUUGUCUUGAACGGAAAGUCUAUCAGAAGCAGUCUCUUUAUCUUUACAAGGUAGAAGUAAGGUUUGUGUACACAGUACCUCUUUCUAGACCUCAUUUGUAAGAUUACACUGGGUUAAUUUAUUGCUAUUGUUGUUGUUGUAUGUUGCUUGGCUUCUAUGUGUACCCUUUGUAUUUGGUUAUACAUGUAAUACAAAAUAACGGAAAUGUCCUUGUCCAUGGACCGUGGACGCACUAUCUUA